AUGGGCGAGCUCACCCAAAGGUCCGUUGAAUUUGCACAUGCGAUAUUUGGAAGAGCCGCCUCAGAGCAGGGCGGUGUUCUUUCUGGCGAUAACCCCACACACUACAAUGCGCAAAAUCCUAUAAGGUUAUGGAUCAUUCAAGUUGUUAUUAUUAUCUCAAUGUCCCAGUUUCUUGCGCUAUUCCUAGGGCGUAUCCGACAACCUCGAGUUAUUGCAGAGGUCAUUGGCGGCGUGAUCCUUGGUCCAACAGUCAUGGGGCGCAUUCCCCAUUUUCGUCAAAGAAUCUUCCCGGAAGAGGGCAUGGCCAUGCUCUCAUUGACCAGCACGAUUGGCCUGAUUCUGUUUCUUUUCCUCGUCGGACUGGAAAUUGAUACCAAGAUUAUGAAACGAAACAUUCGCGCAUCUUCGGCGGUAUCCAUUGCUGGCCUUGUCAUUCCCCUCGGUCUCGGCGCUGCCCUGGGUGUUGGUGUUUACAGGGAGUUUAUAAGCGACACCGUCAACUUUGGAUAUUUCCUGCUCUUUAUAGCCGUUGCUGUUGGCAUAACCGCCUUCCCGGUUCUGUGCCGUAUUCUGACGGAACUGAAGCUUCUCGAUACCUCCGUCGGUGUCGUCGUCCUGUCCGCCGGCGUAGGCAACGACGUCAUUGGCUGGAUUCUGUUGGCCUUGACUGUCGCCCUCGUCAACGCAUCUAGCGGUCUUACGGCCCUCUGGGUGCUUCUAUGCUGUGCAGGAUUCGUUGUUCUGCUCCUCUAUCCUGGCAAGUGGGGUUAUGUCUGGCUUGCGCGCCGGACGGGGAGCUUGGAGCAAGGCGCGCCGACUCCUUUCAUGAUGACAAUCACUAUCUUCGUUGUCUUCGGAUCAGCGUUCUUCACCGACAUCAUCGGUGUUCAUGCUAUCUUCGGUGGUUUCCUCGCAGGCCUCAUCAUCCCCCAUGAGAAUGGCUACGCUAUCUCCUUGGUUGAGAAGCUAGAAGACCUCGUUUCCAUCCUUUUCUUGCCGCUUUACUUCACUUUGUCAGGCCUACGAACCAAUCUCGGCCUGCUCGACGAUGGCAGGACUUGGGGCUAUGUCAUCCUCAUUUGUGUAGUUGCAUUCUCCGCGAAAUUCUUCGCUUGCGGCGCCGCUGCUAAGGCGUUUGGCUUCAAUUGGCGUGAAUCGGCUGCCAUUGGCUCGCUGAUGUCCUGCAAAGGCUUGGUCGAGCUGAUUGUAUUGAACAUCGGUUUGCAAGCCAAUAUCCUCGAUCCCCGCACUUUCUCGAUGUUCGUCGUCCACGCCCUAGUAUUGACAUUCAUCACCACACCGCUCGUCCUUGUGUUCUACCCAGAGAGGGUGCGUGUACAUGAACACAGCGGUAUCAAGGCUGGAGUCCCCGACAGCGGCGAAUCGGGUACAGGCCGUCGUGGGUCGAUUGACCAGCAAGAACACAAGACUAGAUUCACUUUAGUUUUGGAGAGGUUCGAACAGCUCCCCAUUGCGAUGACCCUCUCCCAGUUGUUGCAAGGUCCUACCACAUCAGCGGCAUCUACUGUGCAGCUGAGUAGCAAAGCUUUGGAGGCAGGCGUGGAGUCAGCAGAAGACUCUCAUUCUCAAUCCGCAGUGUCGAUCGACACUCUGCGACUCAUCGAGUUGACCAAUCGUACUUCUGCCGUCCUCAAAUCGCAAGAAGCUGAGACGCUUUUGUGGAACGAUCCCAUCAUUGGUGUCUUCAGGACCUUUGGACGUCUAAACCGUUUGUCCGUAACUGCGGCCCUCUCCGUUGUUAACAACGAGCAAUUUCCAUCAGCCAUUUCAGAUCACGCCAUCGAAACGAACUCACAGAUGGUCAUACUCCCAUGGUGCAACACCAAUGUCGGAAUACAUGCCGAAGCUGCGAAUUCUUCUACGACCAGCCUCCGAUGGACCAAUUUUGAUCAAACCAAUUCUGUCGUGUACUCCGAAUUCGUUCGCAAGGUGUUCUUAACUUCGCCGACCGAUGUUGCCGUCUUUGUGGAUCGCGGCAUUCAUCCUUCCUCGUAUAUCAAUACUGCGGAGCAGCAUCUAUUCUUGCCAUUCUUCGGAGGACCAGAUGAUCGCCUGGCGCUUAGCCUCAUCGUACAGCUUUGCGCAAAUCCCUCCGUUAAAGCCACCGUAAUACGGAUCCAAACCAUAGCCGAUGAUGGUCUUACGCCAACAACCACGAACCAAGAUCCCAAGUUGGCUCUCGCUCACAAUACCGUCGCCGCUGACACUGUCUACGGAGUUCAAAACACACAGACCCGUCUGCAGUCAGACACAGCGGAUAAUAUCAUAUGGGAACGCUUCACUGGUUCAUCCUCUCAGCAUUCUAGGCAUAUCGCCUCCGCACUGUCUCGCAUCACAUUUGAUGUUAGAGGCACGGGAAAGCCACUGCACACUAUCAUCGACCGCACUAAUGAAAUAAUCGACGCUUCACGAUCGCAUUCUCGAAAUGUUAUCGCGGUCUUGGGGCGUUCGCGGCGUAUGGCUGUCGAAUCUCAUCAAGCGGAACUGGUACAACUCUUGACUGAGCGAAAUCAGUCGAUUGGCACUGCUCUCCCUCGAGCAUUAGGAGACGUAGGGGCCGCCUUUGUGGGUACUGGAGUCUCCGCAGAUCUAUUAGUCGUGCAGGCUGCAGUUUAG